UCCAUGUUGUUGUUCUCAGCGCUGGAUACUGGCAUACACUUCAUUCUUUGGAGUUGUGUUAGUGUAUGCUGUAAGAGUUAAUUUGAGUGUUGCUAUAGUAUGUAUGGUUAAGAAUGUUAAUUCAACAACAGAUAUUAACGGGACAUCGAUAGAUACAAAUACGUGCGCAGGUCAUGCAGAAAGCCAGACAGUAUUUAAUAAGCAUGCUGAGUUUGACUGGGACAAAACUACAAGAUCUUCACUUCUGGCAUCAUUUUUCUAUGGAUAUAUCUGUACACAAGUUCUUGGAGGCUGGGUUGCAGACAGAUAUGGUGGGAGACGUGUAUUUGGAGUUGCUAUGGCAGUUUCAUCUGUCUGUACCUUUUUGACGCCAGUUUGUGCUAGGACAUAAGUAAUUUUAGUGUAUGUCUUACGUGUAAUCAUUGGAUUAUCGACAGGUACAGUGUUUCCAGCAAUGCAGUCAAUCUGGGGACGAUGGGCACCCUCAUUAGAAAGAAGUAAACUAAUGACGUUAUCUUCUGUAGGGACUAUGUUUGGUAUAGUUGUAACAUUUGCAUCAUCCGGGUAUUUGUGUGAAUAUGGCUUUGAUAAUGGAUGGGGCUCUGUUUUUUAUAUCACAGGUGGGUUGUCGUGUAUUUGGGUGGUAGUCUGGUUCAUCCUUACACGUGAUACCCCUUCGGAACAUCCUCGGAUAUCUGAUCAGGAAAGAGAUUACAUAAUCAAUUCUAUUGAAUUUGACACAACAAAAAGGACCUCUAAAGUGCCAUGGAUUGAAUUUGCAAAAUCACCAGCAUUACUAGCUUGUAUCGCAGCUCACAUGUGUAACAACUGGACAAAUUAUACAUUACUAACCAGCCUUCCAGAUUUUAUGAAGUCUGUUAUGAAAUUUAAUAUUAAAAGUAAUGGUCUCCUGACAGCUUUACCGUAUUUAUGCCAAGCUGUGUCAGGACUAGCUGCUGGACAAAUGACUGAUCUUGUACGAAGUAAAACGAUUUUAUCGACAACAGCAACGAGACGAUUAACUGGUGCCAUUGCAUUCACAGGAGCAGCAGUAUUCCUUGUAGCAACUGGUUUUAUGUCAUGUGAUCACCGUGAUCUGGCUGUUGCUUUUUUAUCGUUAGCUGUCAUGUUUACUGGUUUGAAUAGAGCAGCGUUCAUAUUUAACCACAAUGACUUUGCCCCAAAGUACGCUGGUGUACUUUUUGGAAUAACUAACACAUUUGGAACGAUACCUGGUAUGAUUGCUCCGAUUGUGGCAGGUGCGCUUACACCAAAUGAUACCUCAGAAGAAUGACGAAAUGUAUUUUACGUAUGUGCAGCAUUCUGUAUACUUGGGACGUUGGUGUUUGGAGGUUUAGCUCGUGGCGAAGUACAGGAAUGGGCCAAAGACAAACGUGAAGAUUUAUGGAUAGAAACAAAAUCAAAAAGGUACCAAUGCAACUCUAAACAUGAUAAUUGAACACGGAGUUGUUCACGGACCUGCCGUAUUUGGAAAGAAUAUCUUAUGAUGUUCUAAUUGUCAUGUCUUCAAAUGUAAUAAAAUAUCUGGACAAUAUACUGUGAUAGAUCAAUGAAAGA